AUGCAUCUCAUGUGCACCGUCGACGCCAGCGGCAAGCGUCUCUACACGCUCAAGAAGCUGACGGCCGAGGGCAAAGUCACAAAGUCGGCCCACCCGGCGCGGUUUUCGCCCGACGACAAGUGGUCGCGCCAGCGGGUGACGCUGAAGCGGCGGUUUGGUCUGCUGAAGCUGGAGAAGUAG